AUGGCAUCCAUGCUAGGUAUGAACCUCCGAAAAGUGGCUCUAGGGGCCAUGGAAGCACCCCUGGGAAUUCGUGCUGUCCAGAAAAGGGCUUCUUCGUUUCAUAGAAGACUAGAAACCCCGUCACAACGAGGCUUCCCUCCGUUGAUGAUGAGAAAUGGAACUGAUCGACGAUUUAUAAAAACGUCUUCAGCUACCAAGACAACUGUUCCUGAGCCACAGGGUAUUGCUGGAUUCUGGCAACGAUUCAUAGGACCAAAGCCAAUGCCAGAACGAUGGACAGCAGCUUGGUAUCGUGAAGUGACGUUGAUUUGCACGGUUUUUGCUAUCACUGGUUCCUCUACCAUGGUUUUGGUCCGUCCGGCUGUCUCGAAAGGUCUCGCUCUAGAGGGCAGUAUGAAAGAAGGACCAUGGUCGUACCGGAUUUGUUCCAUUGUCAUCAUGACACCAAUAUACGCUACACUGCUCGUAAUGGUUGGAACUCUUUUUGGUCGGCAUCACUAUUUCCGUCACUUCUCGGUCAAGAUGUGGAGUCGGUUCGGAAUCCCACCAGAAAUGUUGGACGCAACCUUUCACGAAACCAAGAAAACCUUUCGAAAGUGGUGA